UCCCUAAAACAGGUGGUUUGUUUUUUUUCUAAUUCUGCAGUUGUCUGUGCUUGCAAUAGUCAGUGUGGAAGGAAAUGUUGCCAUAAGCUCUAUAUUCUUGGUAUACUGUCAGUUCAGACUUUCUGUGGAAAAGACAUUAGGUGGAUGAACUAUUUUAGUUCUUUGGGAUUUGGGCUUUCUCAGUCAAUUGCAUAUUUCCUCUAAUUAAUAAUAGAACACCAUAGUUAGAUUUAACUGUCUUUCUGAAAAUCUUAUUUUGAAUGAGUUUUAUGUAGUUUCACAUGAAACUCCUUCUGAUAGAGGUCUAUGUUAGCUCUCAGUUAAAUUGUAGAAAGGUUCAUGAUGAGAAUUUUAAGUAGUUAAAAGACUCUUCUGUUUUUUGUUUUUUUUUUUUUUCUUAGUAUCUUCUGAAAUGUAUAAGUAGGUUUAACUGACAUAAGCAAUCAAAAUGGUUUGUGCUCCUAUUGUGAAUAUCCCCUUCAAACCUAUACUUUAAACCCAUUUUUCCCCCACUGAAAAUAUCAUGAAGCUUGUCAAAUAAUAGCUGUCCUUUCAUAAAUAGGCAAAUUCUUGUGAAUUUCUUGUAGGUCUUGAUUAGUGAAGGUAGAAACUUGAAGGAAAUAUGCGUUUCAGGGAGGCGAGUUUGUUUUGAGGAAACAGGAAGAGCUGUCUUUUAAACCAGGAUUUAGCUAGUGUUGAAAGACAUUGCACGUUUUCAGUAGGGAUGCUAAAAAUGACAAAAUCUGAAAGUCGCUCUAGUUAAAGCUAUUCACACACUCUGCCAGGGAUACCGAGCUUAUUAAGUCCUGUUUUAUCAAUAUAUAAUAACUGUAGAGGCACAGCCUUUAAAGAACUAACGUACACAGAUUUGUACUGUAAUCUCAGACUUGCAGAACGCUUAUCAGCUUUGUGGCAUUAUGCAGGAGUGGAAUAUUGUGAAUAAAUUCUUCCUUAAGUCUGGCCAACACAAACGCACUUCCAGCAGUUGCUAGAUGUGUAAUGUUUUAAAUUAAAGCAUUAUUAAUGUGGCUGCAUGCCAGAACAGUUAGUUUGGGAUUUGAACACCAUUCCAAACAUUCCUUCUGCAUAUUCAAUUGAAAUACUUGGUGAUGUCAUUGUUUGAAGCACAAAUGUUGCUUUUUAGAGUUUUUAAAUUUUAUUCUACUUUGUGUUACAUGGUGGUGGCCAGUAUCAACGUACUUAGUUAACUGCAUCUAACAGGGCAGCCUUCAGAUUUUUUUUUUCCCUGACAAAAUUCCUAGGAUCUUUCUGAGGAAAGUAAUUUUCUUAGGAAGAAUAAUAGUGUUGAUGAACUUUGCUAGUACAGACUUCUUUGUGAACGUAAGGAAACACUUCUCUGUUAUGGGGGCCAUUGAACCCUGGAACAGAUUGCCCAGGGUGGUUGUGAAGUCCAUUGGGGAAAUGCUCUAAAGCCAUCUGGAUAUGGUCCUGUGUAACUGGCUUUAGGUGACCCUGCUUGAGCAGAGGAUUGGGCCAGAUAACCAUUAGGGACCCAUUCCAACUCCAACCAUUCUGUAACUUGCAGUUUGUGUGCUGCCUAAAACAAAUGCUUAUAAAAAGCCUGUAGAGGUUGAGAUGAAAUUAGAUUUAUUAGUUCAGAUCUUAAAUCUGGAUAUUCCAAAUGAACUUCUUAGCACAUGGAGGCUCUGUUGGAAACAUUGGGCAUUUUCCUGUCUUCUACAGGAGAAUUUAGUCCUUUGUGAUUGCACCAGCCUGUGUAGCCCUUAACAUGCAUAGUAUGACACCAUACUGGUAGUGAAUCAGAAGUCAAUGCAGAGAUGAGAGGUUAUUUAGUGUGGAAGGUUCUGUUAUUUUUUUAGCUUUAUGAGGCCUUACACCAGGAUAAAAGUGUUAUAAAUGCAAGUUUAUAUCUUAAUUCCUCUGCUGGAUGACAGUUUCAUGUUUAACCAAUAUUUAUCUGCAUAGGAAUGGCAUAACUGUGAGCAUCUCUCUGCUAUCUGUUUGAAGAGGACACUGUUGGGGGGCCCAGGUAUUUCUUUUAUAUUUUAUAGUUGUAGAGGUGUCCGGACUCUGUAAUGGUCAAAGAUUUCCAGUAGAAGAGGAUGAGACAAGAACUGAAUGCAUGUGGGAGACUCUGGACCUAGGCGCUUCAUGCUUUUGAUGCUAGCUGGGAGGGAACUUGAUAAACAUUUUCACAAACUUUUCAUAGGAAAAAACAGAUUUGUGGGUCUGUACUUCCAGACAGAAUCUUUACAGACAGAAAAUUCUGAAUAUGGCUUGACUUGAUCUUGGCAGUGUUUCUAAUGAGUGUCCCAUGGACGGUAUCAAGGUCAGGGGGUUCUACUCUAGCACUGAAGAGCAGAACCCUGAGCAGCAAGCUGAUAUCAGUGAAAACAUUUCUUCAUUGUUCUCUUUAAAAGAGCAACAGAAAAUGAGUGAGUAUUCUGGACUUGCAAGUAACCAUAGCCAGAUGAUUGCUGAAGAUUCUGAAAUUCAGCCAAAACCUGAACACUCUCCUGAAGUUCUUCAGGAAGAUAUUGAGAUGAGCAGUGGAUCCAGUGGGAAUGACUUCAGUGGAAAUGAGACGAAUGAAAACUACUCCAGUGGACAUGAUUCUCAUGGCCAUGAAUCUGAUGAAAAUGGGAAAGAUUCAGCAAUGCUCAUGGAGUCUUCAGACUGUCAUAAAAGUUCAAGCUCAAAUGCAUUUAGUCUGAUGAUUGCGAACUCUGAACACAAUCAGUCUAGCAGUGGAUGCAGCAGCGAGCAGUCUACUAAAGCCAAAACACAGAAGGAAUUAUUGAAGACAUUACAAGAGCUGAAAGCUCACCUUCCUGCUGAAAAGAGAAUUAAAGGCAAAUCUAGUGUCCUAACGGCAUUGAAGUAUGCCCUUAAAAGCAUUAAACAAGUUAAAGCCAAUGAGGAAUAUUACCAGUUGCUGAUGAUUAAUGAAUCCCAGCCUUCUGGACUCAAUGUGUCAUCCUAUACAGUGGAAGAAGUUGAGACUAUAACCUCAGAAUACAUCAUGAAAAAUGCAGAUAUGUUUGCUGUAGCCGUAUCUUUGAUUACUGGGAAAAUUGUGUACAUCUCUGAUCAAGCUGCUUCGAUUCUUCGCUGUAAGAGGGGUUAUUUUAAAAAUGCCAAAUUUGUGGAGUUAUUGGCACCUCAGGAUGUCAGUGUUUUCUAUACUUCUACUACCCCAUACAGAUUACCAUCUUGGAAUAUUUGCAGCAGAGCUGAGUCUUCCACCCAAGAUUGCAUGGAAGAGAAAUCUUUUUUCUGUCGCAUCAGUGCAGGGAAGGAGCGUGAAAAUGAGAUUUGCUAUCACCCUUUUCGGAUGACUCCUUACCUUAUCAAAGUACAAGAUCCAGAAGUAGCAGAGGACCAACUUUGCUGUGUGCUGCUUGCAGAAAAAGUGCAUUCUGGUUAUGAAGCACCCAGAAUUCCUCCAGACAAAAGAAUUUUUACAACAACACACACACCAACCUGUUUGUUCCAGGAUGUAGAUGAAAGAGCUGUACCUCUGUUGGGAUACCUACCUCAGGACUUAAUAGGAACACCAGUUUUGGUGCAUCUUCACCCAAAUGACAGACCCUUAAUGCUAGCAAUUCACAAAAAAAUACUUCAAUAUGGAGGACAGCCUUUUGACUAUUCGCCAAUCAGGUUUUGCACUAGAAAUGGAGAUUAUAUAACCAUGGACACUAGCUGGUCAAGUUUCAUCAAUCCUUGGAGUCGAAAGGUUUCAUUUAUCAUUGGAAGACACAAAGUUAGGACGGGUCCCUUAAAUGAGGAUGUUUUUGCUGCUCCCAACUACACAGAGGACAGAAUCCUUCACCCCAGCGUUCAGGAGAUCACGGAGCAAAUAUAUCGGCUAUUACUACAGCCUGUACACAACAGUGGAUCCAGUGGCUAUGGAAGUCUAGGUAGCAAUGGCUCACAUGAACACUUAAUGAGUGUGGCAUCCUCCAGUGACAGCACAGGAAAUAAUAAUGAUGACACACAAAAGGAUAAAACAAUAAGUCAAGAUGCCCGUAAGGUCAAAACUAAAGGACAGCAUAUUUUCAGUGAGAAUAAAGGAAAACUAGAACAUAAGAGAGAACCUUCUGCAGAAAAACAAAAUGGUCCUGGUGGUCAGGCGAAAGAAGUGAUAGGAAAGGAUACCACAGCUACAGCCACUCCUAAAAAUGUGGCUACUGAGGAGUUGGCAUGGAAAGAACAACCUGUAUAUUCUUACCAACAGAUUAGCUGCUUGGAUAGCGUCAUCAGAUACUUGGAGAGUUGUAAUGUGCCUGGUACAGCAAAAAGAAAAUGUGAACCUUCAUCAAGUGUGAAUUCUGGUGUUCAUGAGCAAAAAGCAUCUGUUAAUGCUAUACAACCCUUAGGAGACUCUACAGUGUUGAAGGCGUCUGGUAAAGCAAGUGGUCCCCCAGUAGUUGGUGCUCACUUAACUUCUUUGGCCUUACCUGGCAAACCUGAAAGUGUUGUAUCGCUCACAAGUCAGUGCAGCUACAGUAGCACCAUUGUUCAUGUUGGAGACAAAAAACCACAACCUGAAUUAGAGAUGAUAGAAGAUGGUCCAAGUGGAGCAGAACUCUUAGAUGGCCAACUUCCAGCCCCUCCAUCGAGCUCUACGCACGUAAAUCAGGAAAAGGAGUCAUUUAAAAAACUGGGACUUACGAAGGAAGUCCUUGCUGUGCAUACACAAAAAGAAGAGCAAAGCUUUUUGAAUAAGUUCAAAGAAAUCAAGAGAUUCAAUAUUUUCCAGUCCCACUGCAAUUACUACUUACAAGAUAAACCUAAAGGAAGGCCUGGUGAACGUGGUGGCCGUGGACAACGAAAUGGAACUUCUGGAAUGGAUCAGCCUUGGAAGAAAAGUGGGAAAAAUAGGAAAUCAAAACGCAUUAAACCACAGGAGUCUUCAGACAGUACAACUUCUGGAACUAAAUUCCCCCAUCGCUUUCCUCUUCAGGGUUUAAAUACUACUGCUUGGUCACCAUCGGACACUUCACAAGCAAGCUAUUCAGCGAUGUCUUUUCCAACUGUUAUGCCUGCAUAUCCACUUCCUGUUUUUCCAGCAGCAGCAGGGACUGUGCCACCAGCUCCUGAGACUUCAGUCUCUGGUUUUAAUCAGCUGCCAGACUCGGGAAAUACUUGCCCUAUGCAACCGUCCCAGUUUUCUGCCCCCCUUAUGACACCUGUUGUAGCUCUUGUGCUCCCCAACUACGUCUACCCAGAAAUGAACAAUAGCUUACCUCAAACGCUUUACCACAGCCAAGCCAAUUUUCCUACCCAUCCUGCUUUCUCAUCUCAGACAGUAUUUCCAGCGCAGCCUCCAUUCACUACCCCUACCCCUUUCCCACAACAGGCAUUUUUUCCAACGCAACCAUUCCAUUAUAAUCCACCAGCAGAAAUUGAAAAGGUUCCUGUCGCAGAGACACGAAACGAGCCAUCCCGUUCCUGCACUCCACAGUCAGUGGGUCCUCAAGACCAGGCUUCACCGCCUUUGUUCCAAUCAAGGUGUAGCUCUCCUCUGAAUCUUCUACAGUUAGAAGAAAACACAAAAACUGUGGAAAGCGGAGCUCCUGCGGGUUUGCAUGGAGCUCUAAAUGAGGAAGGAGCCAUAGGCAAAAUCAUGACAACUGAUGAUGGUAGUGGAAAGGGAUCCCUACCAGCUGAGUCUCCAAUGGAUGCUCAAAAUAGCGAUGCGCUCUCCAUGUCCAGUGUCCUGCUUGACAUUUUACUUCAAGAAGAUGCAUGCUCAGGCACUGGCUCAGCUUCAUCAGGGAGCGGAGUGUCUGCAGCUGCUGAAUCUCUCGGGUCCGGAUCUAAUGGCUGUGACAUGUCAGGGAGCAGAACAGGGAGUAGUGAAACCAGUCAUACCAGCAAAUACUUUGGGAGUAUCGAUUCUUCAGAAAACCAUCAUAAAACAAAAAUGAAGGCAGAAAUAGAAGAAAGUGAGCACUUCAUUAAGUAUGUUCUUCAGGAUCCAAUAUGGCUUUUGAUGGCAAACACAGAUGACACCGUUAUGAUGACUUACCAGAUACCCUCUAGAGAUUUGGAAACAGUUUUAAAAGAAGACAAGCUGAAAUUAAAGCAAAUGCAGAAACUACAACCAAAAUUUACUGAAGACCAAAAAAGAGAGCUUAUUGAAGUUCAUCCAUGGAUCCAGCAAGGUGGACUGCCAAAGACUGUUGCUAAUUCUGAAUGUAUUUUUUGUGAGGACAAUAUACAGAGCAAUUUUUAUACGUCGUAUGAUGAAGAAAUCCAUGAAAUGGACCUUAAUGAAAUGAUUGAAGACAGUGGGGAGAACAAUCUGGUUUCCCUGAGUCAAGCCAGUGAAGAACAAACAUAGCCUUUGAGCCUGUUGCUUUUAAAGCUGCUUCAAAAUUACAGUGAUGAUCCGUUAAGGUUUUAAUCUUGUUUGCAGCAAGAUGAAUCCAGUUCAUAAAACAAUGUUUUUCUUGCUCUAAAAGAGUCAUUUGUGAAAGAAUCUCUUUUUAAAUGGUGGCAAUCUCUUCCCAGUAAGGACAUUGUUGAAGAUGGUAUAUCUUUUAUUUAAUGAAAAAGACUCAUAUUUUGCACUUAUGCCUCAAGUUUUUCUUUGUAAACUAUAAAAGCUUUCAUUGAUGCCUACUGAGUGGGUCAAUGAGUACUGUGAGUACUGAAAAUCCCCUUGUAAACAUAUAGUUCUUCAAAUCUUUGAGUAAUGGUUCAGCGUUAUGAAUUGUUCUAGGAAUCUUGCUUAGAAGCUCUUUAGCAUUGCUCUUAAUGUUUGAAGUGGUCCAGCAUAGUAGAAGAAAUAACCUUCAAGAAAAUCAGUUCAAACUUGCCCUUUUCAUACCAGUUGACCCAUCCUCUUUGUUUCCUAUAGUUUUACUAUGGGAACUUUUUGCCUAAGAGAAACGUUAAGCUAAUUUUCUAAGAUGACCUUGGGUUAAAAUACUUACAUGGAUACUUAAGAAAGCGUAGGUGAGUGCUGACAACUCUGUAGCCUUUUGUUUCAAUGGACACUGCAAUUCUAUGAACUGCUUGUUAUCUUGAAGCAUGAUUUCUGAGAAUUUAUACACAGAAAAUCUGUGCUAAAAAAUUUAAAAACACACAGGAUGACCAUGUAUGAUCCAGUGACUGAGACGAAACGUGGUGUGACCUUAACCUUUAUUUUUGGUCUGUUCUGUUAGGGUGUUGGCCGUCCGUUUUUCUGUUUGGCUAAACAAACAUCAAACUUGCAUGUGGCAAGAGAGGGUUAGACAUUUCUCAUAACUGGAAGGUUUUUCUUACAAAGAGAUGUUGAGAAUACCAUUGACUUUCACAGAUUACAUAAUCUAGCACUUGGUGUGGCUGGAGUCCUUUCUUGUCGAGGAUUAAAUUUUAAUGCCUCAGCGAUUGUAUCAACUUGAAUAAUGUGUACUUUGUCCUUGUGUUGUUUGUACGUGUUGGAUGUGGGAAGAGAACAAAAGAGAGUAACUAUCAGUAUUGAUUAGUUAGAAGAAAUCUAGUUGCAGCAUUGCUAGAUGUCAGCUUGUAGGUCUUGGGGGUUAAAAACGUGGAGAAACUCAAUUAACUUUGCUAUGUUUGUCUUAAAAUAUUUUUCAUGAAAGUUUUUUUUUUUUUUUAAAUAUUAAGAUAACAUUUCUAUUCACUGAAAUUUAAAGUUAUUUUCAUUAUAUAGAAACGUUUCUCUUUGCAUACAAAGAGGACGUGAAGGUAGAUCUGGCACCAUAAAAACAUGCUGAAGCGACUGGUAUUUGCUUAGUGGAAGAAAUGUGUGAAUUAAUUAUUAAUUGGACAGUGUCAUAAGGAAACUUGCAAUGGAGACAGGUUCUUCAGUUAGAAUGUGUGCAGUUACAAAACAAGUAGAAUCACCACUUCAAAAGCGAGUAUCUUAAACACAGUAUGAGACACUCAUCAGUAUGAUCUGGUUCCUGUCUUUAACAGUUCUGCAAGAUCAAACUUCAGUAGAUGUAUAUAAACUGAAUGAGAAACAUUAAAAUGUUGGUGUUCAAGUCCAAUAUAUUAAAUGUUUCAAUCAUAAAUG